UCAGUCAAUACGCGCCGCUAGGGUUCUGCAAAACAUUAAACCUGUAAUAAAAGCUUCCGAAUUUUUCGAUUUUCUUUUCAAACAUUCGAGAAAAAAAUUAGUCCAUUUUUAUUUUCCCUAGAAACAAACAGGAAAAAGAAAAAGAAAAUUUGAAAAUGUCUGUUGUGGAAGAGAAACCAGUGGUUCUGAAUGAAGAAAAAGAAGAGGAAGAAGAAGAGGAAGAGGAAGAAGAAGAGCUGACGUGGUCAUCGGACUCGGAGGUUGAAGAAGCAUUGGACUGGUUGGACUCAAAGGACGAUGGAGAACGCAUUGAAGGGACGAUUACAAUGCUCAAUCCUCGGCGUCCCAAUGCGCAUGGUGGCGUUCACUCUCGCAUCAAUACGUCGACGCUUCAGCCUCUCUCGAAUCGAAACCAGAAGUUCGCCCAUCAUAUUCGAGCUUCGCCUUUGGAGGAGUGGGAGGGAAGAUGUGUUGGCAUGUCAAACUCUGUGACAACUGCAAUCCGUGGAAGUGUUCGGGAGAUGGCUAUUGGUAAAACUAGAACUACUGAGAAAUCAGAUCGUGCGACUGUUGAGCAGGCCAUUGAUCCUAGAACUCGCAUGGUCUUGUUCAAGAUGCUGAAUAGAGGUGUAUUUCAUGAUAUUAAUGGUUGCAUUUCAACUGGAAAAGAAGUAUGUAUGAACUUUAAUUUCUGUACUGAUGAUACCUACUGCAUGUUCCAGUUUUUAAUUCUUAAAAAGCUGAAUCAUUCAAUUUUCUUUCCCCUUUCCCAACAGGCAAAUGUUUAUCAUGCAAUCAAAGCUGAUAGUCAGGAGUUGGCAAUCAAAGUAUACAAAACUUCUAUUCUGGUAUUUAAGGACAGAGAUCGUUAUGUUCAAGGUGACUACCGUUUCAGACAUGGAUACUGCAGGCGUAAUCCCAGGAAAAUGGUAAAAACAUGGGCUGAGAAAGAGAUGAGGAACCUUAUGAGGCUAAAGGCAGCAGGAAUUAGAUGCCCAACUCCAAUUCUUUUGAGACUUCAUGUUCUGGUCAUGGAAUUCAUAGGAAAAGCAGGUUGGGCUGCACCUCGUCUUAAGGAUGCUGCUUUAUCUCUUGACAAGUUACGUGAAGGUUAUGUGGAGGUGAUUAUUGCAAUGCGAACAUUAUAUCAGAAGUGCAAACUGGUUCAUGGGGACCUCAGUGAAUAUAACAUACUCUAUUUUGAGGGUCACUUGUAUAUCAUUGAUGUUUCUCAAUCAGUUGAUCUUGACCACCCCCGUGCCAUUGAAUUCCUAAUUGAAGAUUGUGAUCAUGUUUCUGAUUUCUUUGAAAAACAUGGUGUAGCUGUUAUGACGAUUCGAGAACUUUUUGAUUUUAUAGUUGAUCCUACUAUUGCUGAUGAAGCUGUGGACAGUUAUCUGGAAGAGUUGGAACAAAAAAUUUUGGCUAGAGGAGGCAGAUCUGUGGAGGAUAAAAGGGCAGACUCUGAGUUUAAGCAGUCGCACAUUCCAAAGAGGCUAGACGAUGUAAAGAAUGCUGAGGAGGAUGCUUUCCGGAUUACCAGUGGCCAGGACACUGAAGAUAUAAAUUAUAAGACCAUAACAGGACUUAAGGCUGUUUUAAAAGCUCAACCUUCUCCGGCAGAACAAGAAGCAGACCCUAUUGAAGAGUCCUCUGUUAAUACCACCGGUCAGAUUAAUGCUCUUGAGAGUGUAACAGAGUCUCAAACAGUCGAAGAUGAAGAGAACUCAAGUGAUUCAGAAGGGAGUUUUUCAUCUGAAACUGAUUCAGAGACCCCUGCAGAUAAGAAAGCUGCUAGAAAAGAGAACAAAAAGAAAGUUAAAGAGGAGAAGAGGGAGGCUAGGAAAACUAAAGUGCCCAAGGCAGUAAAGAAAAGAAAGAAGAAGUUGGCCAAAUCUCACAAGACUAGAUAGUUGCUUGUAGUUGCUAUUAUGAGUCUGGCCUACGUAUGAAGGCAGACAAGUUAAUAUAUUAGAUAAUUUUGUAAACCGUUUAUCAUUUUGAUUUUUAUGGGGGAAGUAGCAAUUUUGGUAUUGAGCAGUAACUUCUUUUUACCUUAACUUGGUCAGGAAGUAAAGUUUUGCAAUUUGUACACAUAUAGUACGUGGUUACUGAGAAGGGAAGCUAAAUAAACCUUAAUUUACCGAGUUGUAGGGUUA